AUGGAUUUGUCGCAUACUACGGAACUCGAGGUGCCCUGGAAUCGGGCCAUGGAGGCUCCUUUCACGCGGCUGCUGUUACAUGACGGCGAUGUGAAUGGAAAGGUGAGAUUUCACAAUUUGGACAUUUGGCAUUGUGUUCAUCUUGGUGUUGGCAAAUCGUGGAUAGCUGGUGGAGCAAUGGAGCUGCAAAAGCUCAUACCAGAGUCCAACGUGGAUAAGAGACUGGCUACGAUGUCGAGAUGCUACAAAGAGUUUUGCAAACGUGAGCAUCUUACACCGGUGAUUGGAAAAAUAGAUGCUUUCACGUUUGGUGGCCCUGGGAAGGAACGCAACGGUGCCUGGAAUAAGGCAUGUGUGACGUCCAAUCUGAUGCUCUUCAUGGAGGACUUUUGUCGACAGCAUGCUGAACAAAUUCAAGACGAUAAAGCCCUUCGGGUUUUUGUUCCUGCCUAUGGGACGCAGCAAUUGAACCGCUUCAUGCGGGGCCUCUACGAGGGGGAUGUUUUUAUCCCAAGUGCGACGGCGCGUUGUUUGUGUGCUUCACUCUACAGUUGGCUUCGGGCAUAUUGCUUUUUGGCCCAUGAUUCCUUUGAGAAGGGAGUUGCAGCUUAUCCCAUGCUGCCAAAAUUGCAUGCUGUUCAUGAAAUUGGACACCUGAUGCGGCAUCAGGCCACAUUGUCAAACUUUGUGGUGAACCCAGCCGUGCAUUCGUGCUCGGUAGACGAAGACAUGGUGGGAAGAUGCGCUUGCAUCUCGCGUGGGGUAUCUCCCCAAAAGAUUCCUCAACGGACCCUAGAGAGGUAUUUGUGUCACAUCCAAAUUCUAUGGGCCCGCGCUUGA